GCGCCAGAGCACCCGGUUGGCCAGGCCCGACUGGGCCCGAGGCGGACGUGAGCGGGGCCGGACCAAGAUGGCGGUGCAGGUGGUACAGGCGGUGCAGGCGGUUCAUCUCGAGUCGGAUGCUUUCCUGGUUUGUCUCAACCACGCUCUGAGCACAGAGAAGGAGGAGGUGAUGGGGCUGUGCAUAGGGGAGUUGAAUGAUGACACAAGGAAUGACUCCAAAUUUACAUAUACCGGAACUGAAAUGCGCACAGUUCCUGAAAAGGUUGACACCGUCAGAAUUGUUCACAUUCAUUCUGUCAUCAUCUUGCGACGAUCUGAUAAGAGGAAGGAUCGAGUGGAAAUUUCUCCGGAGCAGCUGUCUGCGGCCUCAACGGAGGCAGAGAGGUUGGCUGAACUAACAGGUCGCCCCAUGAGAGUUGUGGGCUGGUAUCAUUCCCAUCCUCAUAUAACUGUUUGGCCUUCGCAUGUGGAUGUUCGCACACAAGCUAUGUACCAGAUGAUGGAUCAAGGCUUUGUAGGACUUAUUUUUUCCUGUUUCAUAGAAGACAAAAACACAAAGACUGGCCGGGUACUCUACACUUGCUUUCAAUCCAUACAGGCCCAAAAGAGCUCCGAGUCUCCUCAUGGUCCACGAGACUUCUGGAGUUCCAGCCCGCACAUCUCCAUUGAGGGCCAGAAGGAAGAGGAAAGGUAUGAGAGGAUUGAAAUCCCAAUCCAUAUCGUGCCUCAUGUAACCAUCGGGAAAGUGUGCCUUGAAUCAGCGGUCGAGCUGCCCAAGAUCCUGUGUCAGGAGGAGCAGGACGCAUAUAGGAGGAUCCACAGCCUUACGCAUCUGGAUUCAGUAACCAAGAUCCAUAAUGGCUCAGGAAAAAUGAAAUUAUCCAAGUACAAAAUUAAUGAAGCUAAAUCAAUUUUGAAGAAGUUGGAAGACUCACAUUACCUGGCUUGCAGACUUACUAUAAAGCUACAGUAAUCAAGACAGUGUGCUAGAUGCCCAACUGACUUCGACAAACGUGUAAAAGCAGUUCAAUGGAGUAAGGAUAGAUAGUCUUUUCAGCAAAGGAUGCUGGAGCGAUUGAUACCCAUAGGCAAGAAAAUGAACUUUGAUCUAAGCUGCAUACCUUAGACAGAAAUUGAUUCAAAAAACAUCAUGGAUUUAGGUGAAAGAUGUAAAACUAUAAAUCUUUUAGGGGGAAAAAAAUCAGAGAAAAAUCAGGAGGAUCUUGCGCUAGGCAACGAGUUCUUGGCCUCCGCCGCAAAAGCACGGUCCUAAAAGGAAAGAACUGAUAUACUGGACUUGAAAAUGAAAUAACUUUGCUCUGUAAAAAAUUUAGGAGGUGGAAAUUAUUGAGGGGAAUUAUUUGCAAAUGAAACAUCUGAUCAGUCUGGACUAUGUAAAAUCAACAGUAAGCAACCGUCUGAUUAGAAAGUGAGCAAGAGAUAUGAGUAGACAUUUUACUAAAGAGGAUACGUGGAUGGCAGGUAAGCACAUAAAGAGAUCUUGAACUUCAUUAGCCAUCAGGGAAUGCGAAUUAAAACCACAAUGAAUUAUGAUUACAUACUUAUCAGAAUGGCUCAAGAAGAAAUAGUACAAAUAGCAGCGGCUGUCGAGCACACAAACUGGAUGUCGCAUACAGCGCUUGCGGGAAUGCCAAAUGGCACAGCUUCUCUAGAAAAGAGGUUGGAAAUUUCUUACAAAGUUAAACACACAUGUAUCACACAGCCCAGCAAUUGCACUCCGGGACAUUCAUCCCCAAGAAGUGAGACCUGUGUUGGCAUAAAAACUCAUACACCAACAUUCUUCGCAGCUUUGUUUGUAACGGCCAAAAACUGGAGACACCCAGCUGUCCCACAACCGAGUGAGUGGUUAGAGCGAACACCUGUACCGCGGAUACUGCCCUGCAGUGAGGAAAAACAGGCGACUGCUUAUCUACCCAACGUGGGCGGACCCCGAGGGUAUCGCGAUGAACGAAAAAGCCAGCCUCGAAGGUCACACGUGCUAUGACUGCAUUCUUGAAAGAGCAAAACUAUAGAAAUGACUAACAGAUUAGUGUUUGGCAGGGUUGGGGGCUGGAGGAGGUAUGAGAUAUGUGCGACUAUAAAGGGAUCAAUGUAGGGAUUUCCUUUGUGCCAAUGAAAUAAUUCAAUGAAAGAACUCGGUAUCUUGACGAUGGUGUUAAGUUAUCUGUGCUAAAACUACAUAGACCCACAAAUGAGGGCAGGUAAAAUCUGCUGAAACCCAACAAGGUCUGUAGUUUUGUUAGCAGUAUUAUACCAUCGUCAAUAUGUUCAUUUUGAAGUUGUACUAAUCAUGUAAGAUCUUACCUCUGGAGGAAACUGGGUGAAGGGUACGUGGGACGCACUGUACUAUUUUUGCAAUUUCCUGUC